AAAUAAAAUGUGCUAAAAAGUGUAAUAAUUUAAAGAAUUUCAAUUAUAAUUUAAGUGAAUAAUUAACUAUAGUUAAUACUAAAUCAUAUUUAAAUAAAGAAACUAUUUCAAUAUCUUAACAAAAUGUUGCAUAAACUCUUCGCCCUACUUGCAACUCUGCUCAUCUUGGAGACGUUGACAACCCUGGCGUUGAGCAGCGAUGGCAAUGUCAACAGCGUGGGCGGCGGCUCUACGGUCAACAAUGUCAUUCAAGAGGAUCCCGAAUUCACAGACGUCAUUGACAAUAUAACAGUGCCGGCGGGACGUAAUGUCAAAUUGGCUUGUUCUGUUAAAAAUCUGGGCUCGUAUAAGGUGGCGUGGAUGCACUUUGAGCAGUCGGCCAUUUUGACGGUGCAUAAUCAUGUGAUAACGCGAAAUCCAAGGAUUAGCGUGACGCACGAUAAACACGAUAAGCAUCGCACCUGGUUCCUGCACAUUAACAAUGUUCAGGAGGAGGACAUGGGACGCUAUAUGUGCCAAAUCAACACGGUGACGGCUAAAACCCAAUAUGGCUUUGUCAAAGUUGUCGUCCCACCCAAUAUUGACGAUGCGCUGACCUCCAGCGAUGUCAUUGUGCGCGAGGGCGACAAUGUCACACUGCGCUGCAAGGCGAAAGGCAGCCCAGAGCCAUCCAUCAAAUGGAAACGGGAUGACAACCAUAAAAUUGUCAUCAACAAGACGCUCGAAGUGAAUGACCUGGAGACAGACUCUUUGGAAUUGGAGCGCAUCUCGCGCCUGCACAUGGGUGCUUAUCUCUGCAUUGCCUCAAACGGUGUGCCGCCCAGCGUUUCCAAGCGCAUCAAAGUCAGCGUUGACUUUUCGCCAAUGGUCUGGAUACCGCAUCAGCUGGUCGGCAUUCCCAUGGGAUUUAAUGUUACGCUGGAGUGCUUUAUCGAAGCCAAUCCCACCUCGCUCAAUUACUGGACGCGAGAGAACGAACAAAUGAUCACUGAGUCGCCCAAAUACAAAACCGAAACAAUUCCGGGUCAUCCAUCGUACAAGGCGACAAUGCGGCUGACGAUUACCAAUGUGGAGAGCAGCGAUUACGGCAACUACAAAUGCGUCGCCAAAAAUCCUCGUGGCGACAUGGACGGCAACAUAAAACUCUAUAUGUCAAGUCCGCCAACCACCCAACCGCCGCCCACAACAACAACUUUGCCCACAACGACAACAACAAUGAACUUACCCUUUGAUAGCAAUGUGGCAUUUGAUGGCCUGGGUGGAGACGUGCCCACAAAUUCGGUGAUUGUAAUUGACAAAUUGGGCAUUAAAUAUCAAUCGAAUUUGAACGAGAUCGGCAAAUCCGAACAGAAGCUAAUGGGUGGCAAUCAGGAGGGCUACGACUGGUCCAAAGGCAAGGCCAACGGAGGUCGCGGACCGCGUGCUAUCUGCUGGCUGCUAACGCUUCUUUCGCUCCUGGCCAUGCAUUCGCGUCAAUAAAAAGUUAAGAGCAAAACAGUAUCAUUAAAGUGCCAUUACAACGAUGAGAACGACACAAAAUGAAACCCAACAAUAGAAAAUAACCUAGUGUCCUCUAGUGGGUGGUGACCGAUUCGAAUAUACCCCUUUAGUUUCUACUUGCCUUUACACAAAUACACAUACGCACAACUCUAUAUACACGCACACACAUAACUACAACUAUUAUGUUCUGUGAGAUUUUUAGUAAAUUUUAAAUAGUACAGGGUAUAUAAAAUAGCACACAGCAAGAAAAAUCUAAGGUAUUUGUAUAUCGGUCUACCUUGCUUAAGCCAUCCCAGAAUUUAAAUGCAAACAGGAAUGGCAGUAAAUUAAUUAAAAUAAUUAAAUGAACAGAAGACAUACUAAUGCUCUUCCCUCUUCAACAAGAUAUCAUAGGCCAUUCAGUAUUUCAGUGUUAAGCAUUCAUAUUUAUUCAUAUUUUGCAUAUGUGUGAAUAAACUAUAAUUCUAGUUAAUCUAAAUCUAUAAUAAAUUAACAUAAUUUACAUUUUAUUGUGCUUAGUUUUAAAUCGAGUUCUCAUUGAUGAUAUAGUGUAUAGAGCGAGCAGAAUUUUUUUUUUUUCGAAAGUCAAAAUCAAAAUUGAAUUCCGUUUCGGUUUCAUUAUGUGUAAGUAAAAUAUUUUUUACUGUCGCACCGGUUAACGUUACAAUUGAUUACAAUUUCAUUCGAAACUAUUUCAUGGAAAACCUCUUUGUCAGCUCGAACCGAAAGUUGAAGUAUUAUACAAUGCAAUAGGGCAUACAAGAAUAACUAAAUAAACAUAAUUGUUGACAAAUGGUUAAAGAAAAAAAACAUACAUACUGAAAAGAAUAUUUAAAAUCUUGACAAACAAACAUAUGUAAAUAAUUAGACACACAUAAAGAAUUGUAAAUUAUGUACUCGUUAUAAACAUUACGUUAAAUUGCGCUUAAAUUUGUAUGAAGUUAGACAGCUUUAUGUUUAUGAAGUCCAUAAAGGAAAAACUCUUCCUCUCCUGUCUCCAUUAAAUCCGGCAUCAGUGAUCCGAGAGAGUGGAGGGGCAUGAAUUAAAACGGCAGAGCAAUUAUGAUAUGAAACAAUCGAUGAUCGGCACAUGAAACAUAUUUAAAUAUAUUAUAUAUCCUGAUCUAUGCUCACAUAUUCAAAUGGCAGCCUAAUUAAGAACUAAACUACAUAUAAACGAACAUAAAUAUAUCAUAGGCUUUAGUUUGUGUUUCUUAAUGAUAAGAGUGAUAAUGUACAUUUAAUGAAUUGCAUCCGCAGUCAACAACAGGCGGCAGCGGAGUAAAUUACAUAAUGAGAUUGCUUAAAAUGCAAAACAUGGAUAUAAAUAAUAUAAAUAUAAUGUAUUUAAUUGUU